GCGCUCAUGGAAUCCUGCGUAGACAGCGGUGCACUCGCCUUUGCCUUCGACGUGCUGGAGGCUCUGCCGACCGAGUUCAAGUCAGGCAAAUGGACCGAAGAACGCUACAACCUGGCAAUGAGGGCGGCAGGUCUGGACAUGCCUAAGGAGCUGAAGAGAAAGGCUCACGUUAAGCCGAACGAGGCUCUGUCCAAGGAGAAGCCACGAAUGAUUAUAACAUCAGGCGACGAAGGAGUCGUGCGGCACAUCCUGGACAGCGGCCUGUUGGAGCACGCUCUGUUCAACAACCCUUUGUUCGAACAGAGGUCAUUCAUUGAUGCCGAGGGUGACGGCGGUCUUAUGUACGCGGCCAUCAAGGACCGCAUCAAAGACAAAGCGCACAUCUCGGUCAAGAAUGUGAUCAAGGCAGUGAUCUUUGAUAUGAUUCGCGAAUCCGGCGAUCGCGGAACGAGCGUAUUAAAUUUUAUCACUAAUUUGACACUUUUCUAUGCUAAUGUGUCCCUCAUGUUGGAGAAGAAAGGCAUGAAAGACAAGGCCAUCAAGAAACUCAUAGCCGAGAGCCUCAAGAGCGGUUCGCUUGCCAACCUCAUGGGCGAGGGAGAUGACGGGCUACAGGUGUUCGAACGAGCCUUCGUGGAACUUUUCGGAGACAAGUUCAC